AUGACAAGAACUUGCAAGCCGCUCAAGGUGCGGCUGGGGAUCCGCGAGCUGUGGAACAAGCCCGACGGCGAGCUGCAACCAGCACUGCGAGCGCUCGAGAAAGCAGUCGGCGUGCGAGUGCGCCUCGACAUGGACUGGGGCCUGCUUCUCAAGGAGCUGGGGCACCUGUACCCAGACAAGACGCACUUCGUGGGCGUCGUCGCCGGCUGCGUGGCCGCGUGGGCGCGCACCAUGGCCGAGCUGGCCUCGGACGAGGAGAACACGGCGUGGGCCGACACGCUGGCCGACAAGGCCCAGGCCGCGCUGGGCAUCGAGCUGUUCGUCGAAGCGGCCGGCGUUAGGCACGACGGCGUCGCGUGGUACGAGCUGCCGCAGCAUUUCUCGCUGAUCCUGCCGCGCAGCGAGCCGAUCGCGCGCCCCGACGAUCUUGUGGCGGGCUACCGCGCCGACAUGCUGGCGUGCUUCGAUAAGCCGAGCGCCGUCGUUGCCGCCGGCGACGACCGCGCCGACGAGGUCGGCAAGCUGACCGUCGACGCGGGCACCAGAAAGCCGUCUGCUGCUACUGGGCCGUCCCCGUUCCUGCCGUCCAUGGCCUCGCUGCCGCGCCCCGACGAGCUGUUCCUGCGCCCGCCCUACCACCUCACCGUGUCCGGCGGCCCGCAGGAGAUCCACAUCGACGCCAGCCACAGCCCGUCGCUGCAGCUGCUGCACGACUACCUGGCGCACUGGUGCCGCGCCAACCAGAACGACACCACCCACCCCCCGGCGAUCCAGAUCACACUGCAGCGGUCCGCGUUCGGCGCGGCCCUCACGUACGACCGCCUCGUGCUCAGCACAAAGGACACGCGCUACGCCAGCGACAGCUUCCACGUGUCGGUGCCGGCUGUGGCGGCCUUCGUCGAGGGCGUGCUGGGCUACGAGCGCGUUGCCGUGUCGGCGUCGGCUGCCUGGGUGUUUCGUCGCGACGCGGAGAUCAAGCAGAAGACUGUGGCGCGUUGAUUUCUUUUUUUUCUUUUUUUCUUCUUUUCUUCUUUUUAAAUAGGUCCUUGACCCCCUUUUUCCUCUUCUUUAUUUCUCGAGCCUCCACUUUCCUUCGUUUUUUUCACUCCAUCAUCCGGGGAGUGCGGCUAAACCGCCUUUCAGCUAAGCAAAGGUUGGCAGGACGAACUAAAAGCAAGGGAUGGGAGGGUAGGCAAACUGGUCGGUAGGUAGGUAACCCUAGGUAGGUAACCCUAGGUAGGUAACCCUAGGUAGUAACCCUAGGUAGGUAAUCCUAUAGGUAACCCUACGUAGGUAUUUAAUUACCCCCUUCUCCUUCCGAAUAUGACCAUGAAAUUCCAAAUCAUAAACAUGUCUUUAUCUGCUUCUUCGAGAUUCGGAGUGGCUUCUGGCCUCGAUGACCCCUUUUCUCGCCUGCCAUUUUGCGAGGUAACCCCCCCCCCCC